CUCUCAUGAUAUCAUGGUGGUCUCGCCGAGCACGUAGCAAGCUCACGAACACGUAUAUAGGGUCCUGUGCUGAAGUCGGCUUGCUCACAUUGAAGUUGUGCAUCGAGGCGUAGCCCCUCUGCUGUGACCAUUGCAUUCGUGCAUCGUACACGAGACCUGUUGACGUUUGCAACACGCUACUCGUUCACGACAUAAACAUGAAGACGAUAGCCGCGUGCAUCGCCGCGAUCGUUGUUUUGGGAGUGCUUGCGGAGAUGAGCGGCGCCACGAUGACAACGGACCCGGAAUGCCACAGACUGCGAACUAAAGUGGAAAAAGUGCGCCCGUACUGCGUCUACCUGUGCCACAUGCCCGAAGGUUACAUCAAAAUGGGCUUGGAGGAAGACGGCACACCCUGCAGGUUCUUCGUGCACGAAGGCGUGUGCCAGAACGGUCUCUGCCUGUUGGACAAACCCAGAAAGGAUCGCCCGGCGAAAGGCGACGGUGACAAGGAAGGCGGCGCCGUGACGCCCAAGGCCGACGAGAGCAACGAGUGAUUCACGCGAGAUGCGAACAGCGUAACGGCACGCAGGCUUUGGCAGCAACUGACGUUUUCUUAUUUCUUUGUUGUCUUUCUUUACUUAGCUGAGACCAGUGAAAGCGAGAAGGUCUGUUAGACGUCAUGCAUAUGAAUUGCGCGGAUCAAGUCUGUGAUAUACAUCUACAAAUUACGAGAACCACGCUGAACUUGUUAUAGCCGUUGCCUCUAUAUACGGCACGAGUGGGUCUGUUUGUUAUUAUAUACCUGGAUGUUUACAAAAUAGGCCUCACUGGAAAAAAACCGUGUUCCCUUGGCUUCGCGCGCCAUGUGCAGAAAGGAUUAUUUUGUGUGUGUGGAGAAAAAGCUAUGGAAGUAUCAGAUGCGCCGUGGAACAGUCUUGGUAAUACGAUUGUUGAGCGUUGCUUGUUUUUUUAUUACAUUAUAAAUCCGCCCAACAAGUUCGCAAAUGAACGAGAGAAGAAAACGUUGAAAUAAAUCAAAAUCAAGACGACAUCUUUUUCAAUGUCUUUGCGUUGCUUUGCUUUGGUUGGAUGUUGAUCACAGGUUCAAGCGAGCUUACAUUGCUUUUAAGCACUUUUAAUUGCCCGUGCUUACGUUGGGCAAAAAAAUAAAAUCGAGGUAUCACAGGAACAAACAAAAAUUAUUCCCAAUGCCCAACUUCAUACUUUUGAUGUGACGCACCAUGUUUUUGUUACGAUUCGAAUAAACAUUGCAACGAAACUGCAUUUUCGAUUG